CAGCCCCGCCCCUCGGCCUAGCGUCUCGCGCUCGCCCUGCCCCUCGCCUGAGCCCGGGACGCGGCGCAGAGAGACACGGCAGGCGUGGUGGGGCCAUGGAGGACGACGGGCAGCCCAAGACGCUGUACGUGGGGAAUCUCUCCCGACAGGUGACGGAGGCUCUCAUUUUGCAGCUGUUUGGUCAGAUCGGCCCAUGUAAAAGCUGCAAAAUGAUCACAGAGGUAAAAUCAAAGGAAAAUAAAUUACAGGCGAGCAGUGACCCCUACUGCUUCGUGGAGUUCUACGAGCACAGGCACGCCACGGCUGCACUCGCCGCCAUGAACGGCCGUAAGAUUCUCGGCAAGGAAGUGAAAGUGAAUUGGGCCACAACACCUAGCAGCCUGAAGAAGGACACAAGCAGCCCAUCUACCAACUUUGGAACACGCCAGUUAGAUCACUAUCACGUGUUUGUGGGAGACCUGAGCCCAGAGAUCUCCACCGAUGAUCUCCGGGCGGCCUUCGCUCCCUUCGGUAAAAUCUCCGACGCACGAGUAGUAAAAGACUUGGCCACUGGCAAAUCUAAAGGAUAUGGUUUUGUCUCUUUCUUCCAGAAACUGGACGCGGAGAACGCCAUACAGCAGAUGGGGGGCCAGUGGCUGGGAGGCCGGCAAAUCCGGACCAACUGGGCCACUCGCAAGCCCCCAGCUCCGAAAGGCUCCCAGGACAACCCCAAGCACCUGUCAUUCGAAGAGGUUCUCAAUCAGUCAAGCCCCACAAACUGUACCGUCUACUGUGGAGGCAUCACCCAGGGACUCACAGAGCAACUCAUGCGUCAGACCUUCCUGCUCUUCGGUCAGAUCUUGGAGAUCCGGGUGUUCCCGGACAAAGGAUACUCUUUUAUACGGUUUGCCACACACGAGAGUGCCGCCCAUGCCAUCGUGUCGGUCAACGGCAGCACCAUCGAGGGCUUCAGUGUCAAGUGCUUCUGGGGGAAGGAGGCGUCGGACCCUGUGAAUCAGUUUCAGCAGCAGUUCAGCCAGGUGGGCUACACGCAGCAGCCGUGGACCCAGUGGGGGCCCUGGUAUGGAGGGAGCCAGCAGUACCAGCAGUUCAUCAACAACGGCUGGCAGGUCCCACAGUACAGCAUGUACGGCCAGGCCUGGAACCAGCAGGGCUACAGCUUAGAGCAGACGCAGCCGGCGGCCGCAGCCGCAGCGGCCGCAGGCUGGAUGAGCAGCGCUGCGGGCAACUCCUUCGCCUACAGGACCCAGCCUUCUCAGGGCCAGAGCGCCAGUCUGAUCCCCAGCCCAGCCACCUUCAGCAUGGCGGGCUUCCAGAACCAGUAACGGCGGUGGCGGCGGCGGCGGCGGUGGCAAGGGGACGUGACCACCGGAGCGAGGAGAGACACGGCACUCGGUUGAUCCAGCAACGCGGCAGGGGGGCCGGCGGCACGCCCGGCUCGUCGUCGCCCGCGCGGGCACCGUCCUCGGCACUGUCUGCCCACGCGCGGGCGCAACUCCCCACGCGCGCUCCCACGGCGGGCACGGGCACAUUCGCGGGUUAGGGAAACGUGUGACCCCACCCAACCCACCCACCUCCCUUCACCGCUUUCCCCUUCUCCCCCCCCCCCCGGCCUCUCGCGUGAAUCCCCAGGAUGUGAUGAGAUAGCCCUUUGCCGCUGGUAGAGCGGUAAAUGAAUACGCCUUCUAGUGUCACUCUACAAGUUCCACCAAAGAGUGAGUAAUGCGCAACAGUGUAUCGAUUUCGGCUCCCUUGACCAUGAAAAUAUAUCACGCUGAGUUUUUAUUUUGUUGUUUUUUUUUCAUGUUUAUACACUCCAUGAAAGUCAUUCAGAGCCCAAAUAAAUGCGUUUGCCAACCUGACAAAACAACGCGUUUUGAGACUCGUCAGCCAUGUAAAAACACGUGGAAAGGCCCAAUAUUAAUUUGAAAACUUAAUUGAUGAUUCCUUGACCUAAUGAUGCUUCUUUGUCAGUCUCUGGAUUUCUGUAGUCGAUAAUGCAGUGAGCUUCCAGCUGCAUUGACCCAUUCAGCACGCAUGCCAGGAUUUCUGGCCAGUUGCACUGUAUUAAACGGUCUUAAAUGCAUAAGGCCAUCAAAAGGUAAUUACCUCCACGAAUACAGAAAUGCAAUUGAUAGCAACUAUUGGAAUCACUAUCAACUGUAACAAAAGUUUUUUAAUGGAUACUCAAUUGCUUUGUUGUAGCCGCACAUCAAAUUGUGUAAAAGAAUAUAUCUCUAACGCUGCCGCGUUGUUUAAUUUACACCGUCGUGGGCCCCAUUGCCCAGCAACGAUGUUGCCGCGUGCCCAAAGUGAGGAAGCGAAGCACUACGUCAAGAUUUUUCUCCUCAGCGACUUUCACUCAAACGUUCCUAAAACGUGCGACCGCCCGACCGCCUUGCGUUUGACCAUCGUCGUCCCCUCCACUGAUGUACAGUGGCACACGGCCCCUAACUCACCUCCUCGUCAGGGCCUUGGUCACCGACGGCAGAGCAAGGCAAAACCGCGGGCGGCGUGCGAGGGUAGCCUUGCGAGUUGCUGAGGCUGCGUGAGGAGUAGGGACAGGGUGACGACCCUCGUCCUGAAAGAGCCAUUUAACACUGGGAUGCAAACAUCGCCUAGGCUGCACAAACCACGUUUCAAUGCAUCCCGCCAGUAGCUUCCAUCUGUGCAUCUGUGUCCUCUGCAGACAGAUGCAAACCUCAUUGUGCUUCAGGAAAACACGACCGGUGGCCUCAUUGUCAUUCUCGUGCAUCUCGGUUGGUGUUAUGAUUAUUUUCUGGGGAGUGGGGGCCUCGCCAGUGACGUCAAACAAGCGGUAACAAAUACAAAGGCGGGCCUUGUUCCCAAUCGUGGCCCCGCAGAAGGUGUGUAGUUAAAGUCGUGGUGCACCGACACACAGCUGGCCUGACGGGUGUCCGCGAGUAUUUCUUGCAGGGGUGGCCAAAGCCUUCCCGAGCUUGAGAGCCGCAUUCCAAAACCUUCACAGGAGGACGGCCUGUUGGCCCAUGCAGAGCCGGUUCCCUCGCACCGAUUGACUGUGGCAUUUUUUUAAAUAUAGAAAUCUGCAGGAGCACCCCAGAAGUAUUUGUGUUUGGCUCCUCUGCCCGGGAGUGGGGGGGGGCGCGAGGUUCCGCAGAUCUUUUUUUUUGCCCCCGUUUCAAAUAAAAGUUGAGAUGAAGACAGGAGUUUAAAACUAUCUGCGCUUGAAACUGCCCGUGCAGCUCGCGAGCUGCCAGUUUGGGCGCCCCUGCCCCCCCCCCCCAGCACGUCGUGCACGUGUGGCUGGUAUCAUUUACGUGGCCUCCUACCCCGAGCAUCUUUUAUAACGCUGGCUGUCGAAACCUACGUGUUGAGUACACGUAUGUGCGUUCGUAAUGUUGCGUUUGCUUUAAUUGUAAACAUCGCAAAGCAAAUGAGGCUCCCCCGCCCAAUUUUUAUCCAAUAAAAAAUAUUUGCCUCUUUGUUUUCAUAAAAUCAUUUUGGCAAAUUGACGAAGCCAUAGCGUAGUAAUAUGUUGAAGUGUUUUGUAAACAUUGCUAUCUGGGUGGGUUAUUUAAUACAAGACUCCCGGCUUUUGUAUGUACACGCUUAAGGAACAGUCAAAAACUAUUCAAAGUACGAUUUCAAAUAUUGCACGAACCUAUUGGCUUAUGAGAUCCCAUAUUUAUAUACGAAUUGUAUAAUACAAUAAGCUCAUUAUUGUUAUAUUGUUAUUAUUUAACAAUAUACGAUUGUCAGUUUAAGAAUUUCUUUUUAAAUUUAUGGUUGCGCCUUUUGGUGUAAAAAAAAUCGUAUGGACUCUAUGAGGAAAUAUUGCUGUCGAUAGAACACAAUAAAACCCAUCUAAAUAACUCAACUACUCAACUCCUCCCCAUCGCGUGCACCCUUCGGAGGGGAGAUACCUCCUAACACCACCAAUUGUGUAUCUCCAUUUGUAGGCCAUUUCUUUGCGCCAUUGGCUGCCCCCCCACCCCCGCCGCCCGCCCUCCUCCCAUGAUAGCGAAGAGUGGGGGUGCUGCUGGGCUUUUGUAUGGGAGUGUGGGGGGGGUAGCCCUUUGCUUGCUGGUCGCUCGAGUUGUAGAUCGACUCUUGCGAGCUCUUCCUGCUUUGUCCGCCGGACAGCUCUGACUCGCCUGAAGGGUGGCAACCGUCCUCUCUCGCGUGGGUCACAGAAUGCCCCACGGUGUUUUUCCCCCGCCGUGGAGCCCCCCCCCCCCCCCCCCCCAGUCGCUACUUAUACCCAACCCGACUCUUGCUUUUCACGCGCCCGUCUGUUCCGGGUUCGCAAACGGCUACUGCUAGAGAUGAUCGGUCUUCGACGUCGGCCGGUGCUCUAGCGUCGUCUUAACUCAAAUUGUCCGUUCUAAGAUCGCUAAUUGUGACCUAAAAAAAAACAUUGUAAACGGAACGGGCUGGACAGUGCCGUUAUAUCACCCGAAAAUCGUUUCCACGUCGCGGCCAUUCAAACCGACGAGGCGCGGUGGCGUAUCCCAAAAUUGAGCCAAUUCUGGGUCUCCAUCCCCCCCCAAAGGGCCCAGAGGGGAUGGACUGUCCGCUUGUAAAAAGAUUGCAGUGCAUCUUGGGUAAUUGGUGAACAGCGCUGGGACGGCUGGGAGGUUGAGCUCUGCUGGACUGGAUGAAGUGAGAGGGGUCACGAGAGGGGGGGGGGGGGACGACGACCCCUCCUCAUGAGCCUCCCGAGUGCCACGUCUCCACCCCUCCACCCCCACCCCCACGUGGGUGCAGUGCUUCCGAAUUAAUAAUAAAGGAGCCGGGGCGAGGCUCGCGCCGGCCCUUGAUCGAUCACGCCACUUAAAUGACAAUGGAGCUGGCUUUAAACAAACAAAAAGACACAACUUGAGAUGCCGAAACGUGGCAACUGUUUGCGUUGUUUUUUUUGCGGGUAUUUUUUUUGUAAUCUUUAAAUUUAAACUUUUUUUGUUUACAAUGUGACACAAAAAUGUGCGAUUUUUUUUUUCCGCAUCAAAAUGUGUUCCCCCCCCCCCUCCGCUCUAAUGACACCGGUGCGACCUCUGCAUUGCGUUCAUAUAUACACAUUACGUCACGGCCUGAGUGAAAGUGUUGAGCAUAUGUUUUGCGUACAUUGUGCAAAGUAUACGCAGCACAAGUAUAUAACGUGCCGUCGCUUGUUGCUGGAUUUGGGAAAGCAUUGUUCAGUUUUCUUCUGUACAGAUGUCGUGCACACUUGAUUUAGCAGACUACAUAUAUGAUAACUAAAAAUGUAAUAAAAGUUUAACGGUGGGAAUUUUUGAAAGGGGAAGGAUCGGUCGGACCUUGUAAAAAUACACAAAAAAUUACCGUGGGUGGGUGGGUUGCAUACAACAUACGAUCAUAGUAGCUGAGAACUCGCUUUUUUGUAGGAUAGUCGUAGAUGAAUGGCAGGCGGUUUAAAUAUACUUUUAGUUGGACUGAGUGGCGAAUUUUAUCUUUGAGCUAAAGAUGAAAGAGGGAGAGAACGGCUUCGGGGGGUGGGCGAAGAUGGAGAGGGGGGGGUGUGUCCCCCACAUCGCCAAGUCGCUGAACGAGGCGCGUUCCGUGCUGUCGAGAGAAUAUUAAUACUUUUUUUUAUUCAGUUAGCCCAAUCUUUUAAAAGUGUACGCUUGUCAACGUGUGUGAUAUGCUGUAACAAACAACAAAAACACCCCGACUCGUCCAAAAACAAACAAAAACCGCGAUUACAAUGUUGGACUUGUGAUGAAACCUGUUGCGUCAAAACCGAGUCGUUAUCCCCCCCCCCCCCCCAUGCAAAGUGUGGCGAUGAAGCCCCCUUCUCGGUCGGCCUCGUUGGAGCGUUUCCCCACGUGGGCUCUCACCGUCACGGCGUGGCCUCCUCGACUCUGUGCCACUGAAGGUUCAAGUGGCCAGAGUCUCGGACCAACCAAAUCACGGUGGUUUUGUUGUCGGAUCGUGCCCGUUCCCCCUCGUCCCAGCACAGUCUGUGUGUGUGUGUCACUAUGUUACAGGGGACAGGCGCUGUGUGUGUGUGUGUUGCUACGUACAGAGUGACGGGCGCUGUGGAGGGAUCCCAGUGUCGCAAGACCAAAUGAGUACAAUGCGGAUGUUUUUCUUUGUUGUGCACCGGAGGGCGCUUUUGUAUUGAGGGGGGCUGCCCCCUUGCACCCGCGCGCUUUCUCCAGCAGAGCUCGACUUAAACAGUGCAUCUGUGUCGCUUGCACGUUAUCCGUUUCUUUUCUUCAAUGCACCCAACAACAAAAAGAAGGGGGCUCAACCCACUUGAAUUUUUCGUCAGUAAUAUUGCUUUUACCGUCACCGUGGUCGAGUGUAAAUUGACCCGAGUUUAGCCAAACUUUAAACACGUUUUCGCGUGUUUCGUUUCCUCUUGCAGCCUUACCGCCCUCAACUGCCCCUUUCCCAUCUGUCCCAGCUAAAUCACUCGAUCCACGGAGCCCAUCCAGUCAACGACAUGUGACCGAUUCAGACCUAUUGGGGCAAAUGGAGCAUUGGAAAAUAAAUGGAAAUCUAAGCAAUUACGUGCAAAGUAACUUGAGGAAUAUCCAUUGUCUGCCUUAUUAAAAACAAGUUUUUUGUUACGUAUAAUACAUUCGUCCUUGCCACAAGAAAACUAGCGGGCCCAUGUUUGUUGUAACGAGCAUUGUAUCGUAGCAGCGCGUUUCCUUCUAAACGGUGCUCCACUGUUAUCUCGGUUGCAUUCGAUCGGUUGACGUGAAACAUUCGAACCUCAGAGGCGCCGCGGUGGCGAAAUGUUAACUACCUCGCCUGGUAUACAAGAGGUCGAGCGAUCGAUCCUGACCGCCUGCUGUAUAUUUGGAGUUGGCAUGUCCUCCCCGUGGUGGCGUGGAUUCUUCCCCUCCACAUUUAGAAUCAACAUCACGCGUUUAGAGUUUGGCUGCUGUAAAUUUACACGUGAUGAUAGGUCGACAGUUCGUUCAGCUCGGUCUCUAAUUGAAAAGAGCUGUAUACCUCCCAGGGCCUUACCUAUCGUUUAAAUAGUAGCUUAGUUUGUUUCUCUGUACCGCGAGCCAUAUUAAACGGAGACAUUUAAAAUACGAGGGUGAGUUUCCAGCGACGUUCCUCGCGCGAGUUGCACUGUUUAACUUCACCUCUGCACCCUGAACAAUGUGAGGCCCGCUUUCACACGUGGUUACAAAGUUACAAAGUUCGGGAGGUUGGGGGCGGGCGGGGAUAGGAUUUUUUGUUUGUGUUAUUUAUUAUGACCUAAGGUACAGCGGUGGUUGGAAAAACGGUAAAACUUCGAUGUCGUUGCCCCCCCCCCCCCCCCAUUCGCGGAACGGCCGCCGUCUUCCGCUUGGGGGGCUUCCUCAGUUGCGAGGCGGGGGGGUGGUGAACGCGUCGGGGGGGGGGGAGCUCUGUCCAUCACACACACGCAGCAGACGCAUUGAGGCUUUCGCGACCAAUGUUCGUAAUAAAGGGGGGUGGGUGGUGGCGUUAGAUCGCGUAAGCGUCGAUGUGUCGUUAACCCGCCGCCACCCGAAGGCAGCCGGUUAGUGAGGCUUGUCACGUGAACAAAACGUGCCGAUUAGUUGCUGCGUCACUAUUCUGGCAAAGUCGCCCCAUGGUGCUGGAUGGAAUUGCCAGCGAAACGUCACAAUACUCGAGUUGUCAAUGCGGAUGUAUUCUCCCAACGCACCGGUGUGCUGUACAAGUAAACAUUGGCACCUUUGUUCACGUGACCAACCUUGACUAAUUAGCUGUGGCGGGUGGUGGCGGGUCAACGACACAUUUCUGCUUACGCGAUUUAACUCCAAAAAACACUUUUAUUACGCGGCAGGAACUCUCCCGCUCGUGCGAUUGAGGUGCAGUUUGUUUGGCAGGUGGCCUCGUUAGCAGCCCCCCUCCCCCAUCCAACGUGUGACUUUCAUACUAUUGGCGUUUAAAAAUAAACGGGUGUCUUGCCAUCCUAACGAGGGGGGGGGGGGGGGGUGGGAGACUCUACGUGACCUGUCUGCAUAAACAACAUUUCCAUUCGAACAUCACCGCCAGAGUUGGUCUCGGCACAUGUUACAGUGAUUAUAAUUGUUUUGGUACAGGCAGAACAUUCUUUUCCACCGUUGUCGUUAACAUUACCCAUGUAACUGAAACAUAUUUGCAUCCCUUUGUUAAUCCACUGCCGGGUGAAGGCCCCCCCCCCCCACACACCGUGCCGGAUGUAGGGUUUUGUUGACCACGGUCGUUUGAAGGGUGGGCCCAGGACCCGAUUCAGAUAUCGCUCGCCAUUGGUGGCAUCUAUGGCCAGGAAUCAAACUUCAGUGGUCGUUGUUCAUAGCGCUGGGCAUAAACCACCCCUUCGCCACAGCUGGAAGAUCCGUGUAAUUAAUGUCGUGUGGGUAAUGGCCCUUCUCAACAACAUCAUAGUUCGACUUGGAUAUUUGGAGAGAAUUUUACAGCGCGUGGCCUACAUUGCUGUGAAAUUGGAAAGAAAAGAAAAUGAAUUGGUGGAGGAAUAGUUUUACAUUCGUGCAUAUUAAACGUUUUGAAGUAAUAGUAAAAUGCAUUUAAGGCUUCAAAUGUAAUAAAAUAUAAACCCAACUCAAAUUUGUAACGCACGGGGUGGUGUGUUAGCGACACGAGUCGUCCCGACGUCUUGUGUGUGAAUACAUGCGGCUCUGGGUGAAGUCUUCUUCAGCUUUUGCGUAAACACUAAACCCACAGCCAGCACCACCGUCCCUGGAGUCGUAGAUUUAUUUUCAGACCUUUUUGGAGAUCGUGCCCGCGUGUAGGGUAGAAAGAAAAAAGCUGUGCCCGCCAAACAUAAGGAGACGUAACGCGAGGCUGACGGAUGACCGGUAUAAACCCCAGGCAGUGAUUUUGCUUAUUUUUACUGCGAAUUACAAAUCUCUGGCCCACACCCGGGCACCGCGUGUUGGGUGGGGGGGGGGGUUCAUCGUUGCCCGGUGCUGAUGGCGCUGCUCUCAACUCAAGCGGUGACCGUAACAGCGGCAGGGGGUUGUUCCAACUUUGGCUCGAGUGGCAAAUGUUCACGAAGCGCAUGAUUUCGGGAAAAUGUUGUAGUCGGGUAAAUGAUGACAUGCGUCGUCGUUCGUGUGGGUGAUGCGUUUCACACGAACUCGGAGAGAGGGAGAGAGAUGACCCGCAGCUCGUGCUUUGGGUCCACACUUAACCCGAGUUACUGCCCACUCGCCGAGUCGUGAAUUUCACUGCGGAUUGUUGGCAAGGGUCACUGAGAUUGUUUUUUUUGGGAACUGACACAUGGCCUCAUUGCGGCCGCCUCGUCUCCGUUGGAAAUGUCUUGCACCUCUCUCCAACCCCCCACUAUCUCCACUCCCACACCCACCUUUGCUCCCUGGCUGGAUAUUUUGGUUGCAUUGUUUGUGUUUCUCGGGAGGAUGACAGCUCUGAUUUUAAUUAGACCUGCCCCGACAGCCGGAGUCCCCCCCCCGUGGUGGAUUGUUUAUCAAGCGUCCCCAAGUUGUGGUUUGCCGGGGUUAUAAGCCGGCAUGGAAAGUCACUCGUUGAGAUGCAUGUUGAGUGGCUGGUUGGUUGCGAUGGGUUUAGCUGAAUUCGUGAACUUUCAGAACGAAAACCGCCCAGGGUCGCGCACGGCUCUUUGGUGACAGGUGGUGGCGCGUACGUACGGCGCAGUUCUUGUGUGAGAUGGUGUUGGCAGUGUCUUGACAAUUCACAUUUUAUUUUUUACCGAUUGUCUGUGGACACCCAAAACGCCGCCGUGGGGAUUGGGCGUCCACAGACGAGCGCUCGCCAGGGGUAACUUUGACGCGAACUCGGCGUUGGGCUCUGCUUUGAGUCGCCUCUCCAGGGAGGAAAUGAGAGCCACGGGCGGGGCGGAGAGCGUGGGGGGGGGGGUCAUGGAACUAGGGAACCUGUGCUGGGCUUGCACGCGAGAGAGGCAGCAGUGGCAGCAGGCAGCAGCGACUGAACGAAAACCUCGCAGAUUCACAGCCACGUCGCGUCGCGCGGCCCCUGCUGUCCACAGCGACGCGAGCGCUUCCUCGUCACUCGGAUGCUUCCCUCUCUUUCUCGGCAGCUUCCGCGGAUUUGUGUUUGUUUUGUUUUCACGACGACGACGACAGUUGAAGUGGAAAGUGACAUUUUUGAAUGGAACUCGUCCGUCGCGCAGUUUUCGUUCUGGUUGAUGCUGCUGCUGCUGCCGCGUGGGUUGAGCCGCUCACUCUGCUGGGAGAAGCCGAAGCUGCCGCUUUCCGGGCAGACCCCAAACCCCGUGGGAUGGCUGCGCUCGCUUCGAACGACGGUGCGCGUUUGUCGAACGGGCGUCUUAGCGAUCACGGGGAGAUGGCGCUUGGAGACCUCCAGAGCCGGCCCAUGAUGACGACGGCGAGGAGGACGGUGAUUUCGCGUCCACCGCGCACGAAUUGAUCCUUGCUCCUCGUGUCGCGGAGCCGGGAGACACUCGGUGCCCUGUGUGGGCUUGUUCACGAGGAGCGGCGGCGGCGGCGGUCAAAGUGUGUUGGCAACUUACAAAUGAAAUUAAUCGCACGAACUCAAAUGUGUUAGGCUUAUUUUCAAGCCCCGUCUUUAUGAACUGAUGUCGAUAUAUAUCGCAGCGCAUUCACGUUUGGUGUGAUGGUGGUGAAUGAUGAAAUGCGAGUGAUGUGUGCGCGAGUCUCUCCAACCGAUUAAUAUCCCUUCCUCAUAGCUCCCGUGUCCACCGCUUGUACCCCGUGCGUGCGAUAUGCUGUAUGUGUGUGUGUAUAUAUACUGUAUAUGUCCGCUACUCGCGUAUGCAGUAUAUAUCGGCCCGUGUACAUGCAGCCCUGACAAAAACAAAAUAACCACGGUGUUUGCGUAACGCGUUUUAGAACGUUGAUGUAGAUGGAAACAACAA